ACAGCUGUUUUUGCAGACAGAACCUUCUCCCAGUUCUGGUCCCGGAGAAUCCUCCGCCGUCCUCCCUCGCUCCUCAGCCGCUGCCGGCUCGGUUCCCGGCCCGGACCGGCUCUGAUCGGCUGUGAUCGGCUGUGAUCGGCCCAGAUCUUCCUGCUGCGGGUCGGGCUGGUCCAGGCAGGGAAGUUACCGCGGAUCCCGGUCCUGGUUUCAUCACAAGUGGACACCAGGAAGCAGAAAACCCCAGGUGUAAUGAGAGCGCUGGUCAUGGAUAGAUGAUGGACGUGGAGACGUCGUACUCAGACUUCAUCAACUGUGAUCGCACAGGCCGCAGAAACGCUGUCCCCGACAUCGCAGGGCAGGGGAAGGCCGCGGCCAGCACCAGUGAACUCUCCAAAGACAUGGCAGAGAUGGAUCUGAAAGCUGCAGGAGGAGAGCCGGGUCCCUCCCCAGCUCCCGGGGCAGAGGGUUCCCCUGGCCAGGACCCCCAGGGAGGGGGGGGGGGCGUCCUAAGAUCAGCCGGAGACCAAAGGGGAGCAGAGAAAUGUAAAGAGAAAGCAGGAAAAAGUAAGAAUGGAAGCAAGGUUGUUGUCCUCUCUGGACAAGUGAACACUUUCAUUCACUGCCAGCCUGUUUGGAGCGUCGGUCGCUCCAAAUGCCGCCUAUUUAUUGGAUCAGAUUGCACCAAGAGGAAACAGAACGGAGUAAAACUGACAAGUGAGAGGAUGCUCUUUUUGCUUUAUACGGUUUUUGCCAUUUAUACACAUGAAGAGACAAGAAAGCACAAAAACGUUUGAGUGACGUCCGGGGAGAUGGACUUUAUGGAAUGAAAUCAGAGCAACAGUUGAAGUUUUGCUCCAGCCUAGUGUGGAUCUGUGUCAUGGAGGGAAUAUCACAGCAAAUCACAGCAGCCAUUUGUCUUUUUCCUUGUCUCCGUGUGAGUUUGUGAUCAUCUUGUUCAGUUUCAUUGUCAAAUGUUUUCUUUUUAUAGUAACCAACAUAGUUUCCACUUAUUGUUGUGUGCAAACUUCAUAUUUAUUGAUAAAUGUUAAGUGAUAACUUUGUGAUAGGAAUUUUCUUUGUGUAAUAAAAAAAAAUACAUAUGAA